CGCGGCGGCCGCCAUCUUGGGCGGCUGCAGGAGGGAGCGGGAGGCGGCGGCCGGGUCGGCUCGCGCGAUCGGCGACGGAGGCCUGAGCCGGCGGCCGCCGCCGCCGCCGCUCUUCCCCGCCGGCCAUGGCCGGGCAAUUCGACGCGGAGGACCAGGCGAGCUGGUACUGGGGGCGGCUGAGCCGGGCGGAGGCCGUGGAGCUCCUGCAGGGGCAGCGCCACGGCACCUUCCUGGUGCGGGACUCGGGCAGCAUUCUGGGCGACUUCGUCCUCUCCGUCUCCGAGAGCUCCCGCGUCUCGCACUACAUCGUCAACAGCCAGAGCGGGGGCGGGGCGGGAGCGGCCCCCCCGGCUCCGGUUUUCCCUUUUUGUUUCCUCCCUCUUCCAGGGUUGACUCCUUCUAGGUUUCGGAUAGGUGAUCAAGAGUUCGACUCUUUACCAGCUUUGUUGGAGUUCUACAAAAUACACUACUUGGACACUACAACGUUGAUAGAACCUGUUUCAAAAUCCAAGCAUAACAGUGAUGUGCAGCUCAGGCAGGAAGAAGUUGUGUAUGUACGUGCUCUUUUUGACUUUAAUGGCAAUGACGAGGAAGAUCUUCCAUUUAAGAAAGGAGACAUACUGAGGAUCUGGGAAAAGCCCGAAGAGCAGUGGUGGAAUGCAGAAGACAGUGGCGGUAGGCGAGGCAUGAUCCCUGUUCCUUAUGUCGAGAGGUAUAGACCUGCCUCUGCUGCAGUGUCAGCUCCAGUUGGAAGUAACCAGGAUAGUACCCUCCCACAAGCACUAGGUGGGCUGGAACCAGGCCCCUAUGCCCAGCCUAGCAUCAACACUCCACUCCCGAACCUUCAGAAUGGGCCGAUCCUUGCCCGGGUUAUCCAGAAGCGGGUCCCUAAUGCCUAUGACAAGACAGCCUUGGCUUUGGAGGUUGGUGAGCUGGUCAAGGUCACUAAGAUUAACAUGAGUGGCCAGUGGGAAGGAGAGUGCAACGGCAGGCGUGGCCAUUUCCCGUUCACACACGUCCGGAUGCUCGAUCAACAGAAUCCUGAAGAGGACUUCAGCUGAAUGGGACUCUCGACUGUCCUGCUUACAGAUGGGAGCAAGCACAUGGAGUUUCAUUGCCGCAGCAAUGGAGACUGUUACUUGAGAAGUCAAAAGCAGGGUUGUUUCUGCCAGCAUUCUGGUAUUGAUGAUGAACUAUCCCUGGGACCCAACACUCAUAAGGUGCUUGUGUUCUCAGGGUCCACAAUGUCACGGCUUCGGUGCCAAGAGGUAGGUCAAAGACACACAUUCCCUCCCCUCCCCCAAGAGUAGGAUGAGAAUGCUGCCGAGGGCUGCGGAGUUCCAGCGUUGUCAGUUGCAUGGCUUUCUCUGUAGGUAGAAAACCUGAAUGGUUUGGUAGAAAGCUCACGACUUGCUAAUCUCAGUACUCCUCUCUUUGGAUCUGAUAUAUAUUGUAAUUUCUGUCUCAUAACUGCUUGUUGCAAGAUGAGUACACUGCACAGCCCCGGUCUACUUUCUAAGUGUAUUUUGAUACUGGGAUAGCUGGAGCUUAAUGAUUAUACUUUGGAUGCAUUUGGGCCAAGUCUGCUCAUUAUCGAGAGUCCCAGAAAUUUGUCUUCAGUACAUAGCAAGUAGCUGAUUUAAUUUCAGAGGUAGAUAUUAAUGGAUAUUAAAUAUUGGUGGAAUGUUGAACUUCCCUUAAAGUGCAGAGAACUGUGUUCAUUGUACUUUUUAAUUGCCUACUUAUUUGAGCACUACACUCCAAAGCAUUAGCCAGCUAUAGGAAAAGAUGAGUGCCUGAAAAUCUCCUUUUAGUACUUUCUACUUACUCAAUAUAGCAAGGCAAAUAUUGCCAUGAUAAAUGAAAAUACCAAAUACUUCCUUCUAAAGCUGUUGUUUUCAAACUGUGGUUCCAUCUGCAAAGCAUUCAGAUGGUGGUUUCACGAAGAACUUACUUUUAAUAAACUAAUGAAAAUAUUAAAAUGCUUUUGGGUUGAUUCUAAGACAUGAAUAGUUUACACACACAAUAUCUUUCCACUACUCAAUACUUGAACAAAUCAGUUUUUUUCUACUAACAUUUCCCAGACUGCUUGUUGCCAAAUUCUUUUAACUUAAUAUUGCUAGAAAAAGAAUAACGUUGAGGCAACUAGUUUUUCCUUGCAUUCUUAUCAAAAUGUGCCCCUGGUAUUCUUCCCAAGAACGAAUUGCAGGUGUGUAAUAAGCAAUCUCAUAUCCCAUUAAUAGAGGAGGAAAGCGUCCUUUAGUGCUUAUGUAACAUUGUCAUUCUGUAAUUGUUUUAAGAACAUUGAAAUGGCUAGAUCCCACUUGAAAGGGCUUGUCUGUCAGGAAAGUUGUAUGCACCCCCCCAAAAUAUAGUAAAUUAGAAUAUGAACAAAAACAUGGAAAUGUUAAUCCUUACCUUAUGUUAGAAUUUUUAAGAAUAUUUCCAGUACAUUAGAAGCUCUGCUAUGUUGAAGGCAUUGAGGAAUCUGGUAAAGAAGUAUCUCUGAAGCAAUGACCCAAUGGUUCACAGGUUGUCUAGUAUUUAAAUAUAGUUGCUUUACCUGGAAAGGGCUGGGCCUAAGUGUAUUUUGUACACUUUUUGUAGGGGGGUUGGCUGUGGAUUAUGGAAUGCACUUCCCAUCAUUCUCGGCUGUUAAAUCAGAUUUUCAGGAAUAGGAGUUUGUAGAUCGGAAUUUCUGUGGAUCCACGGGUGGGAAUGGGCCACUCCUUAGUAAAACGGUUGUUCAUUGGUGACGCUACGCAAAGCACUGCCACCCAGACUGUUUGGGUCACACAGGCUGGGAGGUUAGAUUUGUUCAGAGAACAGAGCAUUUAGCAUGAAGUCUCAAUUACACUUCUCACAUUUAUGGUUUGCUGUGGGAAUUUCUUUUAUGCUGCUCCUGUUCCUUACCUGGAGCCUUUAGAAUGGACAGCUAGAAGACUGUAAGAUCUGUUUCCCUGAAAGUUACUUCUCUGAGACAGAUCCUAACAUACAAUUAUGUGCUUGGAAACCAGAGGAUCUCUGCAAUUAGGGACUGUUGGUUUUCUGUACUAUUGCAGGAAGUACCUCUUAAAGAGAGAGACAAAAAAUUAACAGGAUGCGCUGCAUUUUAAGUAGAAAUAUAGUUUAUUAUAAUUUCUGCUUGGGCUCUGCCAAGUUGGCAGAAUUAGGAACAUGAGGGUUCUUAUUGUAAGUAAUGCUGAAAAAUCCGUGACCAAUUCUGCAAUGCUGAUCCUUCAGAAUUCCUUGAGUGCUAAGCAAACCCUGUGGUUUAUUGAAUUUUGACCAGCUAUUGUGAUUUAUAAACAAUACUUCCUGUGUAGUAUAAAUCUAGCCAAUUUUGGUUUACUCAGUAAACCAUGACAAGUGUAGUAUGUGAAGCCAUUCAGUAAGUUCAUAUAUCAUGCUUUACUUUUGGUUUAAUGUGUGAAUCGCCCCAUUGUGGUUUAUUCAGCAGAUCACCCCUAGAAAAACAAAUGUAUUAUUGUCCCAAUAUUCCUAUUUCAAACACUUUAUUUCAGACUUCAAAGCAUGGUUGCGAUAUUAUCACACUUCCUCAUCUAGUAUCAGAGGCAUCUCAUAAUUUGCUUCUCACCCUAAGGAAGCAACUUCCUUGUUAUUAAAGAAACUUGAAGGCCUAGACAGUCAGCUUUGGGUAGUUAACUUUUCCCUGAAUUAGAGUGACCUUAAAUGUCUAUAAGAGUACCACUGGUCACUAUUAUUUCUUGAUGCAUUUUUGCAUAGUAUUACACUACUCAGUUUAAAUGGGUUGCUGUUUUUUUCUAGCUAGCAUUUUAGUCAAGCCCAGCCUUUCAUAAUAAAACCUGAUGUGAUCAAAGCUUGUUAAUCUAUUAUAACUGCAAGUAUUUUAAUCAUUUUUAAUAACAUGCUGUUGGAGUGAAAAUGCUAAGUACACAAACUAAAGCAAAAGCAUAUGUAAAAUGUGCCCUGUAUUAUAUAACACUACACACUUUCUUGACAGUUACUUUUUUGUAGCCUGUAAUCAACAUGUGCAUAAUAUGUGACGUAAAUAAAAACUGCAAAAGUGGAA